CGUCUGGGCUAUUCAACUAAUCAGGCAGUGAAUUGAAAACAUGUUGGACAAAUUCAAGCAGGCUGUGGGUUUGCAGGAGCAGGAGGAGAAGGGGCUCAUGGGGCAAAUAGAUGAGGCGAUGACCUUAUCAUGGAGAAAUCGCUUGAUAGGGUUCGGGUGCUGCUUUGGCUUUGGCUGUCUCUUGACCAUCAUAUCCAUUCCCAUGCUGUGGACUGUGCAAAUUACCAAGUUCGCUAUCCUGUAUUCGGUCGGCAGCGUUGUCAGCGUUAUGAGCACUCUCUUCCUAAUGGGGCCCGUGAAGCAAUGCCAGCGUAUGUUUGAGGAAAAGCGCAUCCUCGCUACUAUCGUCUACAUCGCCGCAAUUGCUGGUACACUAGCUGUCGCCUUUACCACGGGAAACGCCGGGUUGUGCCUCAUCAUGCUGGUGAUCCAAUUGCUGGCCCUUAUCUGGUACUGCGUCACCUGGAUACCGGGAGGGCAGGCGGCUCUCAAGAGCAUCAUCUUCCGCAGCGGCUGAGGCUCCUGGGGACCUGGGGACUACCAGGGCGCAGAUGUAAUGGUGGAUGGAAAGUGGCGAGGCAGCAGCACCAGCAACACCAGCACAGGCGACGAAUUGUUGGAAAUGGUGACGGCACCCCAAACCCACCAUAUUGCGAUGGGGGGUGAAAUAGCUGCAGGGGGGGACAUCGCCCAACGCGGUAAUGUUGUUUGGGCAGCAGCUGCAGGACUUGGAGCGUAGCGAGGAAGCGUCGCUUUCUUUGUGCUGCAGCG